AUGGCGAGCCAGCCCCCACAAGAGUGCUUCUCUGCUCAGCAUUUUGCCCUCAUCUAUAUUGAUCAAUAUGGGAUUGUUCACCAUGAGAUUUCUCCUUCCAUCGUCCACCAUCGCAACACUGUCCUUUCCCCCCAAGUCACCGCGGACUUCUUGAAGGCGGUAGCGAACUCCGCUGAAGUUGAUCCGCAAAGCCCUUCCCUGGAAUUUGCUUCUACCCUGCUAUUCGCUGACCUCACUGUGAGACCUGAUUUUCACGAUUUGGGGUUUCAAAAGAAUGUAAAAGGACACAUUGUGCCCACGUCGAAUGGAUAUCAUGAACAGCUUACACUAUUGCCAGGCGAUGCAAUGGCUAACUCGACCAUCUUGAACGACAAACUGCUUCACAUAAAAAAGUCUCGUACGCAGAAGCAAAGCCUGGAGCCUCAAGAAGCAAUACUCUCUAUCAAAGAUACAAACUUUCUUCGCCGUUACUACGAAAAAGUCUUUCAGAAUGUACAGCAAACCAAUUGCCGAGUCCUGGCAAAAGCUUAUGUGAAACUUGUCGAGCCGCAGAAGCAAGUCAAAUACCCAUACAAUGGACGGAAGGUCGUGGCGGGGAAAAUACUGCAAUUAAGUCCCGAGGAGAGUAAGCCGCCAUGGUGGCCUCCUGAAGUGCGCCAUCGGGAACCCGACCAUCUACUCAAAGCAGAACGCAUCGCGCUCCUUCUCCACAUUCUUUGUGAUUUGCACUACAGUCACGGAGUUACCUCACAAAGAUUGAAGGAUUCAGAGCAAUCUGUUCGGUCGCAGAUUAUCCCGGUGAAACGAUCAGAACUCCUAGAUGAGUUGUAUCGUGUUAGAGGAGAAGAAGAAAGGUUUUGGGAAGGGUUCCUUGACAAUAACGCAACUGUGUGUAUUUCGCGGAUCAAUUUACCGGUUGCCGAUGAAUCAUCCCACAAACAGGACCAGCCGAAUAGUUGGGUCUCUCUGAAGUACGAACAAAAUUCAGCAACAUACGAUUCAUCCUCUCACACACCGGGUUUUUACAAUGCGCCGCCUAAUUACCCGCAGUAUAACUUCGCAGAAUACGCCACUUGCCAAGAAUCCAUGAUAGACUCUUUGCCGGCCCCUGUAAUGUCAUUCACCGCACUUGAAAAACAGCACCCAAUGGUCCAGGAGACUUGUCCUUCUGCAGCAGUUCUCAAUACCACAGAGUUGACGUUUUCUCAUCAUGUCAUCAACCAUUCUUUGCUCGUGGAUUUUCCAGCAAUGGAGGGAGUCGCACUUGGGCUACAAAAUGCUCCCAUAUCGGUUCACGCUGAAUGA